AUGGCAGGGGGUCCCAAUCCAAAUCACACCCCAUCACCUAUCAAUUAUGUGUCGGAGUACGCGCGAAACUACGAUGUGCCAGUAAUAGCCGACGGUGGCAUCUCUGCAGCCGGCAUGAUCGUGAAGGCGCUUGCACUCGGUGCCUCAACUGUUAUGAUGGGAUCCCUUGUGGCUGGAACCACUGAAGCUCCUGGCGAGUACUUCAUCUCCAAGGGAUUCCGAGUCAAGAAGUAUCGCGGUGAGUCUCAUUUUCUCGACCAAAAGUGCAACGUUGAUUGCCUGUCGCUUGAAGCCUUUUCCAACAAUGUUUGCUGCCCUAUGAAAUGCAGGUCGUGGAUAUUAGAGAUGGUUGGGAAGUUAGUAAGAGAACUUCGUAUCAUCGAGGUUGUUUGGCGAACAGAAAUAGUUUUGCCAUGCAUUCCCGUUGGUUUGAGCACUUCCUUCAAUGUUCUUCGCGGUUGA